UCCUUCCUUCCGGGUUUGGACCUCGGCGCUGGGACUUUGGUUCCGAACUCGGCGGAACCGGGGCCGGCGACGCUGGGUCACGUGGCCCGAGGCUCCCAUGACGCGUGGGCUGCGGGGCGUCACGGCGACGUUCGGGCGACCUCCCGGGUGGCCCGGCUACCUCCGCCAGCUGUGCGGCCGCGGUGCUGUCAUGGAUCUGGGACCCAUGCGCAAGAGUUACUGUGGGGACCGCGAGGCCUUUGAGGAGACUCACCUGGCCUCGCUGGACCCCAUGAAGCAGUUCGCUGCGUGGUUCGAGGAGGCUGUCCAAUGUCCUGACGUAGGGGAAGCCAACGCCAUGUGUCUGGCUACCUGCACGAGGGAUGGGAAGCCCUCCGCCCGCAUGGUACUGCUGAAGGGCUUUGGCCAGGACGGCUUCCGCUUCUUCACCAACUUUGAGAGCCGGAAAGGAAAGGAGCUGGACUCCAAUCCGUUUGCCUCCCUUGUCUUCUACUGGGAGCCUCUUCACCGCCAGGUGCGUGUGGAGGGCCGGGUGCAGAGGCUGCCGGAGGCCGAGGCCGAGAGCUACUUCCACUCCCGCCCCAAAAGCAGCCAGAUCGGGGCCGUGGUGAGCCGCCAGAGCUCCGUGAUCCCCGACCGCGAGUAUCUGAGGAAGAAAAACAAGGAACUGGAGCAGCUCUACCAGGACCAGGAGGUGCCCAAGCCGAAAUACUGGGGCGGCUACAUGCUGUAUCCGCAGGUGAUAGAGUUCUGGCAGGGCCAGACGAACCGCCUGCACGACCGCAUCGUCUUCCGGCGGGGCCUCCCCACAGGGGACUCCGUGGGACCCAUGACCCGCUGCGGGGAGGAAGGCUGGCUCUACGAGAGACUGGCACCGUGACUCUGGCGUCACUAGUGACAGCAACGCGGGGCUCAGACGCCUCCCCCGCACAGCCUGUCCCUCCCUCCCUUCCCUUUACCCAAGCGGUCCCCAGCUGGGUCUCCACCACUGCCUCACAGAGAAUCAGAGAUGCGAAAGAAAAAGUCUCCAUGGUUUUCUUGACCUUCCCUGUGGUUUUCCCUGUGACUUCCUCCCUGGUGAGCUGGUCCCCCAGCAGCCCUGUCUGUUGCCAUGGGAUUCAUGCUACCUGAGCCAGAAGAGCCAUGCAGACUUCUCAUCAACAACUCACACUGUGAACCAGGCAUGGAGAUGCACACCUGUAAUCCCACCAUGCUUGGGAGGCUGAGGCAGGAGGAUUGAAAGUUUGAGCUCUGGCUGGGCACUUUAGCAACUUACCGAGACCCUCUCCCAAAAUGAAAAAUACAGGUAAAAUAAUAAUUUGACUUUGAAAUGGGGAGACUCGGAGCCUGGGGAGUGGUGUGGUUAAGCUGUCCGUGGCAGCCCAGAACCGCAGCUCACAGGGCCACCCUGGGCCUCCUUCUGUCUGUGUGUGUUCCUCCUCCCACCUCAAAAUGCCCCACUGUCUGUGCAUUCUUUUUUCCCCUUAAACUAUCCAGAAUUGACUUAUUCAAAAAAAGCCUCCCUUGAAGGAUAUUUUUAUAGCCAUUCUCCCACAUUGAUUGCUGCCUUUCAUUGUUUGAAGCACAGCGAUGUGGAAAAGAGAUCUUUUGUGUGUGUGCCCGGAAUCGAACUCAGGACCCUGUGCUUGCCAAGCAGGCACUUGUGCCAUUGAGCUAUACCCCCGGCCCAAAGAGAUUAAAUCUAUUCCUUAUAUCACCAUGGGCCCCUAGGUAGAAGUGACAGGGACUUCUCAGUAUGAGGUGCCUCCUCCAGUUCCUCUCGAUGCCUAGGAGGCGUGGGCUGUCUGCCCAGCAGCAAGGGUUCCGUCCCUCGGAGUAUUCAAUCCCAGCCAGACAGGGAGCGUCGGAAGGCCUUGUGUGCCGCUUCCUCAGGCCAGGACGACUUUAAUCAAGCUUGCUGUCUUGUGUUCAUUCUGUGGAAACCGUGUAUAUAUGUGUGUGUGUGUCGGGGAGAUACAAAUAUAUGGAUUCCAUUUUCCAAAAAUAAAAUUAUUAAAGGGAUUUGCAUUCCCCACCUCUCCUGGAGAUGAGUCCUA